UGAGGAGAAGGAUGAUACAGAUGAGGACGAUGAUGAGGAUGAUGGUGAUGAUGCAGAUGAGGAUGUAUAUGCAUAUGGCGUUGAUGAUGAGGAUGAUUAUCAUCUUGCUUACAAUUAUAGUAACUUUUUGUAGGAAUUUCAAAUAUUUUAAAGAAUGGUUCACAAAUCUUGUCAUAUUUAUUUGCAACAUAAAUUUAUAAUGGUUAGUAUUAUUUUUUAUUUUAUUUUAUACAAGUAGAUGGUUUUAAACAAGUGCAAACAGAUACAUGAGAGUCUUUUCUGCAGGUUCAUCCCCCACAGUGUUUUACUCACUACAAAACACACUGCACGGGAAGGCUUGUUACAACAAGUCAAGACAAGGCUUUGCUUGACUGAUCUACAGCUAUGCCAGGUAUUGCACACAAAGUCAUCUGCGGGACUUGUUAUGCAACACAAUGAUGGCUGGAAGUUGGUUAACUCCGGAGAUACCAUGCCAUGUGAGACUCUGGUGAAGGCAGGCAGGAAUUGUGAUAUAUUGAUCCAUGAAGCCACAUUUAACGAUGUCGAAAUUGACCAUGCUUUGAAAAAGCAUCAUUGUGUAACCAGUGAGGCAAUACUAGUUGGCAAAAAGAUGGCUGCCAAGUACACUCUGCUCACCCAUUUUUCGCAGAAAAUGCCCAACAUACCAAAAUUCACUGCCUUGUUCACAGAAAACGUUGGCUUUGCAUUCGAUCUUAUGACGAUAAAGCCCAAUCAAUUACAUCUUCUAUACCACAUGAAGCCAUUCUAUGAGAGCCUGUAUGGAGCACACAUUGAAGCAGCGGACACGAAAAAGAAGUAUUUGAAAGUGAAGCAAACUGAACCCGCUGAUGGCUCUAAAGAAAGUCUGGCAGAGGGCGUGGCAGCUACAGUUGAAGACUUGGAGGAAGUGCUGAAGAAAAGACUGGCAAUGAUUAAGAGCUGGACAUGUGUAGAUGGGGAGGAUACAGGCAGAAGUGUCAAGGGUGUGGGUGCAGAAUCGGAUGAAAAGAAGGUUGCAAAGGUUGACAAGAAUUUGGAACAAGUGUGUGAGAGUUCUAAAGAGUUUAAAGACUUGAACCUUGGUGCUGGUGAAGAACAUGGGAAAAAUGGUGAUUGUUCUGUUGAUAGUUAUAAGAUUAGUGAAGAUUCUUUGAUUCAGAACACGAAGGUAGAUCAGACUGAGAAAAGAAAACAUGGUGAAUUGCAAAAAGAUGUAAAACGUUCUAAGGUUGAAUGAUAAUAUUUUUUAUGAAAAUUCGGUUAAUGAAUUGAACAUAAAAAAUGAAAACAAUUUUCUGUUGAUAAGUUAAAUAAAUGUAUUCGAUA